UACUGAAAAUGGGAGAUAUUGAGAAGGGCAAGAAGAUCUUUGUCCAGAAAUGUUCCCAGUGCCAUACAGUUGAAAAGGGAGGCAAGCACAAGACCGGACCCAACCUGAAUGGCCUAUUUGGACGCAAGACUGGACAAGCUGAGGGCUUCUCUUACACGGAUGCUAAUAAGAAUAAAGGUAUCAUCUGGGGUGAGGAUACUCUGAUGGAGUAUUUGGAAAAUCCAAAGAAGUAUAUCCCAGGAACAAAGAUGAUUUUUGCGGGUAUUAAGAAGAAGUCUGAGAGAGCAGACUUAAUAGCAUACCUCAAAGAUGCCACUUCGAAGUAAAAGUUACCUGCUGCCUUAUUUAUUUCGCAAGGGAGAUGGCAAUGGAAAUGUCCUUGAUGAGAUUGGUUUUUAAACUUUCUAUUUUUACAUGUACUGUGUCUAACCUUAAAAUCUGUCUCGCACAUCAGAUAACAUUGCUCACAGUGGGUUACUGGAGUACAUGCUUGUUCGGCAGCCAUUAACUUAAUGGAAACUAUGUAAUUGGGUUGAUUUAAAUUACUAUAAUGUUCGGUCAUACUUGAUCAUAGAAUUAAAAAAAGAAAAAAAA